AUGAAAUUCACUUUGGACCGGGACACCCCAGAGCCAGAGGGAGACAAAGAUAAGGACGUCUCCGAAGAGGCAAACGUGCGAGAAUACCUCUCUUUUGUCGUUAAUAAUGGCAGCGAGCCCACCGAUCGAUUCCAGCAGCUUGAAAAUACGCUGGAGCAAUUUCAGGAAAACGCACGGCAUUUGGGCAUCAUCGUCAGCGACUUCACGCCCAAUGCGCAGGACAGCCUAAAUCGCAAGAUCCACACCCUUUUGACUGGAUUGCAGGGAUUAGACCGAUUGCGGCACGACUUUGAUGACGUCAGAGUCCCGCUAGAACUGUUGGAUUUCCUGGAUCAAGGUAAAAACCCGCAACUCUACAACAAGGAAUGUCUUGAACGUGUGCUUGAAAAGAACAAAGAGGCGAAUGGGAAGAUCGAACUCUUCAAACGGUUCCGGGCACUUACGUUGAAGGAACUAGGAGAGGAAAUGCCCGAAGAAACAGCACAAUAUCGCUAUGUACGCGGCGAGAACGAAGAAAGCAAGAGUCCA